UAUUAUUAUUUUUGGAGGGGGCGCUGUCAGGCCGCGAUAGAAAAUUGUCUAUAUGUUUUCACUGCUUGCCUUUAGACAGCGGUGCAGAAUUGUGCCUUCAUUAAACGCCCUCAUCUAGUUAUUAUAGCUACAGAAAUGGUACUGGUAUUAUUACAUAUCGUCGUUAAUAGCAGUCAUAUUUAAUAAGACUUAUUUUUUUUAUAAAUGUGGAGAAUAAGAACCGUGUGGAUUAACUUAAGUGUGUGUAUCAACUGUCACCCAACUUCUUAUCCAUCUAUAUGAGCUGUGUCGCGUUUUCGAGAUUUGUUUUUCCCCAUUAAAACUCUGUAAAGUCCAUGUGAAUGAAAGGUUCUUGUGCAUGCUGGUCCAUUUACAUUUGCAUCCUCUUUAGCUGCGUCCAUUUGGCCGUAAAAGUGCAUGAGAGUCUUUUAAAGGUCCAAUAGUCGACUUCCGGAAUGCUUGUUUGUGUUUGGAUGCCUUUACCGUCACUCAGUUUACUGGCUACAGGCCACGGUGGAUCUUGGGGGCGGUGCUUCAGGAAUAUGGGCGGGAAUCAUUCAAACAUAGAUCUUAGAGACCUAAUCUUAAAAAAAGAAACUAAUCCCACCUAAUGCACCUUAAGUGGAUUUUCAGAGUUCCUCAACUCCAGUUUUCGGGACGCCUGGCUCACCUCACCAGUUAAUGAAUCAGAUCAAAAGGACAGUAUGGCCACCACAGUUGCUGUCAGUCCCAGUGAAUAUCUUCAGCCUUCAACUACCACUUCUCAAGAUUCUCAGCCAUCACCUUUGGCCCUCCUGGCUGCCACUUGCAGUAAGAUCGGCCCACCUGCUGCCCAAGCUCCGGCAAGCGCUCCACCAGCCCAGCCAACCACGCGUCGCCUUCACCCCAUCAAACCUGCUCCGAUUGCACCGGCGCCACCCAAAAACCUGGGCUUUCUCUCAGCCAAAGGAAAUAUCAUUCAGCUCCCUGCAGGUGUAAGUUCUUCAGCAACAAGUCCUAUCCUACUAACUAUACAGCCCCCGACUCGGCCAGCAGGUACAACUACUGCCAACAUUCAGUACCAGGUGGUGCCCCAGAUCCAGGGAGCUCAGACCAUUCAGAUGGUACCCCAGGGUGGACAGAUUCAAAUCAUCCCUGGGACCAACCAGGCUAUCAUCACCUCACCUGUUACAGUGCAGGCAGCUACUCAAGCUCCUGCACAGAAGACAGUACCCAUCAAGCCAUCAACACAAAAGCGGAGGCAGAACAACUCCAACGUUACGUCCACAGCUAACAUAGUGCGUUUGCCUAGUGGACUUGCUCUGCCCCUCAAUGCUGCUACAGGUGAAGUAGGGGCAGCUCAGAUCGUCACAGAGUCAGCAGCUGCCUCACCUCGGCCAGUAAAGGGAAAGAGGGGGCGGAAGAGACUGGCUGCUGUAGUUCCUCCUGCUCCUCCACCAGCCUCACCUCCACCUAUUGCUGAGCAGGUGGAAACAGUGCUGAUAGAAACAACAGCUGAUAACAUUAUUCAAGCAGGAAACAACCUCCUUAUUGUGCAGAGUCCAGGAGGGAGUCAACCUGUGGUACAGCAGGUGCAGUUGGUUCAGCAGAAAUCAGAUCAACAGGUGGUGCAGAUACCACCACAGGCUCUAAAAGUGGUACAAGCUGCCUCUGCAACACUCCCCCCUGUGCCCCAGCGAGUGCCAGCCACCCCCAGUAUGCAGGUGGCUCCCUCGGAACCCACACAGGUACUGAUUAAAACUGCUUCAGGUGAAUGGCAGGCAGUACAGCUGCAGGAGACCAUCGUAACCACUCCAACUACGCCCACCACCACUCCUGUCACGCAGGCUGUGUUGAGUAAGAAAGCCCAGCCGGCGGCACGGAAAGAGAGGACCCUUGCCAAGAUAGCCCCUGCUGGUGGUGGUCUAAUAACGCUUAAUGCAGCACAGCUCACUUCAGCAGCUCAAGCUGUACAGACCAUUAACAUCAACGGGGUUCAAGUACAAGGAGUUCCCGUCACCAUCACCAAUUCAGGGGGACAGCAGCACCUGACGGUACAGACGGUUCAGGGAGGUGGGCUUCAGCUGGGCAGCAUGCAGACACAGGAGCAACCACUGAAGGUGGAGCAGACGCUUACGCUCGAGCUACAGAGCCAACCAGGAGAGAAGAAACGACGCAUGGCAUGCACCUGUCCCAACUGCAAAGAUGCAGAGAAAAAGCCGGGUGAAGUUGGGAAGAGGAAGCAUAUCUGUCACAUAGUAGGCUGUGGGAAGACCUUCCGGAAGACGUCCCUGCUGCGAGCGCACGUCCGUCUGCACACGGGAGAACGGCCUUUCACCUGCAGUUGGGUCUUCUGUGGGAAGAGCUUCACACGCAGUGACGAACUGCAGAGACAUGCCAGGACACAUACAGGAGACAAGCGCUUUGAAUGCUCAAAGUGUCAGAAGCGAUUCAUGCGGAGCGACCACCUCACGAAGCAUUACAAAACGCACCUGAACACAAAGAACUUGUGAGCACACGCUGACCGAAGGUUUUAAAAACUCUUAAAGAAAACCUUUCCCUGGAAAGGAGCAGGGAUUGUGUCAGGGUGUCCAUGGAGGAAAAUCCCUCCCCUCCUCCAAAUCACACACACAUACACACACACACACACACGGUGUGUUCUAGCCCAGGCCCUGUGGAGUAGUCCAUCGAGACGAGCCCACACUCCUCUUGUGUCUCGUUUUCAACUCAUCCCAUUUGUCAUAGGAGGGCUGGCCAUGUGUCUUACUCGAGGUUCCGGAAAGCGGUACCGGAUGCGUAGUUUGGGAAAUCCCGAGUGCUUGGGUCGGUUUGUUCUUCCUCAGCAGAAAACAAAAAAAAAAAGUUUGUCACGUACAUCUCAGACAUGAAGUGCAACACCAACAAGCACUCCAGCCAAGAAGCUCAGUUUUCUUUGGUCCAUAUAAUACAUUUUAGAGCAGUUUUACAUGUUUUAUUUUGUUGAACCUUUUGACUGGUGUGUAGCAGCUCAUGGACAGCUUUUAUUAUGUAAAUGUUUGCUUAUAUUCAAACGUAUAUUUGUACAAAUGUAAAUGCUUGGACUUGCUCUAUACCCCAGCCAAGGUGUUUUUGUUUUUUUCUCUUUGGUUUUGUUUUCUUUUUUUUCCAGAAUUAGAAAGUUUGAAACUCUCUAACCUCCAUUACAUAACGCUUAUAACAUUUAACAUCUGUUUAGAUUGAAUAUAUUUUGCUGUGACUGGACAAUCAUGUCUUGGGUGUGGAAGAACACUUGGUGGACGCCAGUGAAAAAGUCAAGGAUUGAAAACUGCAGAAACGUAUGCAGAUGCUAGCUGUGUUUCAAAGGAAAAAAAAUAGCUUAGUCGUGUAAUUAUUUAGACGGAACGUUCUGGAAACUUUAGAGUCGAUUUAUAGAAUCUGAUAUUCAGAUGGCAAAGUGAGAAAUUAGGUUUAAAGGGGGGGGGGGUGUUGGCUUUCGUUUAUAGAAAUAUGGGCUUAUUUUUUGCAAGACACUGUUAGAUGGUAAUGAACUUGCUGACUGACCCAAAUACAAUUAUGAUACAGUGAAAUUUAAUUCGAGGGAAUCACUUUUGAUGUACAGCCUCAAAUACCCAGAAGUUUCAGAAUGUACACAACCAGGUCUGUUUUAAUGUCCAGAUUCUCAAAAGUGCUUUAAGGAGAAAAUGUUUGCGCAUAGAUAUGUGUGUAUUGUGUCUCUGAAUACAUUGCGGAUGUAUCUCGGAGACCACUAAAUGUAGGAUAUUUGUUACACAAACGGGUGUAUUGGCUACUCUGGCUGAACCUGAAAAAUUAAGGACUGUGUAUAUUGUAAAUGAGCAAAAGAGAGAAAGACACUGUAUAGUUUCAUUCCUGUACUACACAAGUCUAUUAGAUGACCCUUUUUAUCAAUUUAAUGUUGCCUUAGAAAGCUUCAUUCCCUAUUUAAAGAGAUUUCUGUCUAAUUAAAUGGAACUGCGUUUGUAGAUUUGCUUUAUCUUUUGUCUAACUUGUAUUAUGAAAUGCCAACUCUUAUGUGCACUGACCAAAUUCAGGGUUUUAUUUUACUGGUUAAAUUUAGUAUUAUUUUCAUUCAAUGUUAUUGGCUGACUUUUGUCAGAAUUAGGAAAAAAGAAUGCCCUAUUUUUUAAUCUUUCCUAGAUGAAUCCUACACCUAAAGUCUCUGCCUCUGGAAGCUAAUGAUGGGUAACUAUUUCUAUAAGUCUGGAGGUGUUUAAACUGAAGAGCGUGCUACUUUUUCUACAGUCAGUCCAUCUUUCCCAAACUGACAAUAAAGCAUUCAAAUGAC